AUGGAGGCGAUACUAAAGCUCUUUAUUGAUACUGAGCCCUCAGAUCCUUCAAUUUUUACUGAUAUGAUAAUUAAAGAAGAUUUUUUUAAAGAAGAGGUUGUAUCAAUAGCAUGUGAGGUUAACAAAAAUCUUAAAGCAAUCGAAGAAUUACUGGAAUUGUGCGCAGACGCCGCCCUUGAUUGUGUCUCCGUAGUGGCAGUUGUAGUUGAAACUGGGGAGGUUGCAGCAGUUUUAUUUAAUAAAAUACAGGUUCAAUCAACGGAUGCUUCAGAAAAACCUUUUUUUGCAAUUUUUGCUGAAGAGCGCUGCAGUCAGACUUCAUCUCGUUCCCUUGUAGAAUUUAUGGUUGAUGUUGAUGGAAGAUGCAAUUUCUUCGAAAAGUACAAUGUUGAUUGUAGUUUUGAGCUAAUGUUCUUCGGUACCAAAAGUACACACAGACGUCGUGGAUUAGCAAAACUUCUCAUACAAUCCUCUAUAAACAUUGCAAGAAAGUAUAAAGACCUUAAUAUGACACAAUUAUGUGUUAACGAUCUCGGACCAAAAUAUGCUCAUUUAAUGCCUCACAAACCUUAUGGUACAUAUCCGAAGAUUUGCCAAGCCAUUAUGACUGCAGAAGGCACCCGAAGAAUUGCAAAGGCUCUGAAAUUUACAGUGCAUUUGACACUGCCUCUUUCGAAAUUUGUUUUCAAUGGAAAAACCUACACUGAACGUAUUGGAGAAGAAUCUUCAUUUUGUGAAGUGGUAGCACUAGCUCUGAACUAA